AUGGCCAUGUAUGAUAGUGAUGAGGAGGAUCGUCGACGAGACGGGGCAGGAGGACGGUUCCCGCGUGAAAGAGGUGGUGGCGAUCGAUCAUUCACAUCGUCUUAUGAUAGAAAUGGUGGUGGGGGAACACACCCACCACCCGACCCGUCAGACAGGCGUCCCCCAUUCAAGCGUAGUUAUGGUGCCUCGUUUCGAAAAGAUGACGAUCCCGCUCCAAAACGAACUAGAAAUGAAACUCAGCCCGAUUUGGGUCCAAAAUUUGUCAAAAAUGAGACUGGAAAACGACCGGAUGGUAUGGAGCCAAUGCUUUCGCUUCAAAAAUAUGCCUUGGAAAAUGGUUUGACCGACGAUGCGCCAGAAUUACAUGACAAAUACGAGCAAUACAAGGACGAGUACCACAAAAGACAAUAUAAAAUGUUUUUCGAGGCACAUAAAAAUGAGGAAUGGUUCAAGCAAAAAUAUCAUCCAACCGAAUUGAAAACAAAAUUCACCCACCAAAAAGAAGAGAUUAAACGUCGCCUUGCCGUCUACAAUCGUCUAAAAAAUGAAGGGCAUUUGAAUGAAUUCUCACUUGAACCGGAAAAUGCGAGAAAUAUCGUGCGACUCAUGAAUGCAGUAAUCGUUCUUCUCGGAGGCGCUGAUGACGAGAUGUUAUCAAAAGUUUUGUCAGCUAAAGUCUCCGAAUCAACUGUCACCGAUGUAAAACUCGAGGGAAUUGAGUUACCCGACGAAGAGGGCAAAAACGAUGAGUCGCAAUUGAUUGAAAGAUAUGCAUCAAUCAUUAUUCGAUGUAUUCCAUCAACAAUGACAGCCAUUGAAUUAAAAGAAGUUUGUGAACGAUGUCCGGGUUUUAUUCGUCUUCACCUCAAUCCAGCUCAAUCAGAAACAAAUUGGACCCGAAAAGCGAUUGCUGCUUUUAAGCAAAAUGUCGAUUUGAAAGAUGUCUGUUUGGGAAUCAAUAACAUCAAGGUAAAAGGCGGUGAAUUGGUGGCCUAUGCGAACUCAGAAUCGGGUGAACGCGUUCGUGUUUCUCAUCCAUUUAUCAAUCAUAAAGAGACGGCUCUUCGGUUUCUUCAUUAUGCGCUAAAAAUACUUGCUGUGUUUGAUAAGAAAUUUGGCUUCUUUUCCACUGAAGAUGAGAAUGUCGACUUUGACUCUCAACUGAAUGAGCUCCGAAAAGAUUUAGCUUUGGGAACCGACUUCGUGGGCAAAUCAACAAAUCCGUUGAUCGAAAAGUUAAGAGUGAGAAUUCCUGGUCGAAUCAAAGAUGAAACAAUGCACGAUAUUGUUGAUAAGAUGCCAAGUUCAUCUGAAAUUGUUUUUGAACGAGACGACAACCUAUUAUCGUCCCUUGAUGAGAUUGUUUUCUACUUGCGCGUCGUCUAUUCAUUUGAUCUCUUUGAUCGCAUCUAUUAUGAUGACGAGGAUUCUCUGCCAAAUAACAUGGAACUCUUCCAUAUUCGAAAUCGAGACCCACCGAAUAAUGAAGGAGAGAUGAAAACGAUGAAACGAGGGGCUCGAAAGAUUUUUGAACAAGAAGCACAAAAGCAUCUUGAAGCUUUCUUCACUGCUCGUUGUAUUUCUGAGACUCGUUUGAUUGCGUAUGGACUACUAGACCCAGAAGUAGCGGUGGAAGAGAUGAUCGUAGCGAAUACGGUGAAGUUGAGUGAUGAGAAAUGGCUGUGUCCCCUUUCAGGAAAGAAAUUCAAGGGACCCGAAUUCAUCAAAAAACACAUUCAAAGUAAACACGCUGAAGCGAUCGACGAGGCGAGAGCUGAUUCGCUCUAUUACAAUAACUACUUAUGUGAUUACGAGAAACCCACCGAUCAAAUCACUGAUCAGAAUGAUCACAAGAAUAACGAUCCGAGAGAAAGGCGUCGCAUGGCACCACCCCGACGUGAGGAAAGAUCGCCUAGAAAAGAAGCUUUUCGCGAAAACAACGCUUCGUUCCGACGGAAUUUUGUCGGUUACAAGGAUUUGGAUGCUGUUGUUGAUACAGAAGUGGCUAAUGUUUUC